AUGGAGACCACCGACGUUGCGCCGACGCCCGCGUCCAUUGACACCGAGAAGGUCGCCAGCGGCGUCCGCUUCCUAAGCCACCCGGACGUGCAGGCGACGCCGUUGGCUGAGCGUCUUGAGUUCCUCGAAAAGAAGGGACUUUCGCGAGCGGAGAUCAACUCUGCCGUCGAGGCGCAUCACCAAGCUAACCUUGCGCUCGCCAAAUCUGCACCGGCGCCAGCGUCAUCUACGAUCUGGUCUACGAUUUUCCCUCUCGCAGGCACGACGGCCGCGCUCGGUUUUCUCUGGAAGUUUAUGCAAUACGACGAAGCUCAAAAGCUGGACACCGAAUCGGCCGUCGAUUACGCCCGUGCGCCCACAGCCUCGAACGAAACGGCGCUUGUCCAGGCGAUCCAAGCACAGACAGCUGAAAUGGUCAAGCUCAUGAGCAUCAUGCAACUCGAGGCCCAGGAGCGGCGAGCGUUGCUUUCCAGCCAAACAACAACGUCACAAAGUAUAACCGAGUUGCGCGCGGAGCUUUCGAGUCUCAAAGCGGCAGUGACCAAGCUGCAGCCGCUGAUCGCUGCAAACGUGAGCCCUGUCGCCAUGGAUGCACCCAACGCACCCACGGAGUUGGCGCCGGUUCUCGAUGCGUUAGCUGACUUUCAGACGAAAGCAUCCAAGAUGCUUGACGCUCUUCGCCUCGUCGAGCUCAACAACGACGCUGACGUCAUUAAACAGGCGGCUGGCAUUCUCAUCAUGUACACCAAGAAUUUGGUUGAGCAACCGGACGUACCACGGUACCGACGCAUCGCGACGGGCAAUGCAAACUUCAAGCAAAAGAUCGAACCCCUUCAGCACCAUGUUGCUCUACUUACGAGCAUUGGGUUCGAGAAGGUCGGCAUGAGCAUGGAAUGGAAGUGGCACGGUCAGCCGUCGAACUUGACGAUUUUAAAAGCCGCAGUCUCCGCUUUUGAGAGUGCGGCCGCCAACAACGGUGAUGUGCUCUCGCUCGCAGCUGAGAAUUUUCUCUCGGCACACGCGCCAUCGGCAAUUGUCGUCGAGUCUGCAGUGGCAACAACGAUUGAGACCCCAAACCUGGAAUCGUUCUUGCAAAAGCUCGGUGCGAAGCAAGAUGUCAAGCACAAGGCGGCGCGCAGCGAGCUCGAUGACGUCAGUGGUAGCUCUAUUAUCCCAAGCACCGAGCCGAGCUACCCUACGUCUUUCGCGGAUGUCAUGAAGAUGGUUCAGAACGGCGAAGAGGUUCCCGGCAUCCGCACGAUCGAAGACAAGCUUUCAACGGAAGCGCAAGCCCGCUUGGACACGCCACCGGUUGCGACAGCGGUUACGAAGCCGUGGGCCAAGUAAUUCUAGCUGCAUGAUGCAGAUACAUUAAGUGUACACCCACCGAUGCAUAUGUGAAAUUAUCAGAGUCUGUCGUAAAUGGUAACGAGCACGCCACGAA